GGGAAAGCAAUGCCUUUGAGGCUGCGCUGGCUUUGGUGGUGGGCGCUGGUGUGCAGCAGCAGUAGCUGCUGCUGUUCCCCGCCGCCGGUGCUGCCUGUCCUGCCCGCCGCGGGGGCGCUGCUCCCGGGCGGCAGGAACGCUGCGGGCGACGGCGCGAGCAGCAAACAGCAGCCUCAGGCGCCAAUCUCCACCUCCUCGGGCUUCCUCUACCGGCGCCUCAAGUCUCACGAGAAACGGGAGAUGCAGAAGGAAAUAUUGUCCGUGCUGGGUUUGCCUCACCGGCCCCGACCCGUGCACGGGUUGCAGCCGCAGCCCGGAGAGCAAGAAGCUGUCCUUCCCCAGCAGCAGCAGCAGCAGCAGCGGCCACAGUUGGCGACCCCGCCGGGCAGGCUUAACUCCGCUCCUCUCUUCAUGCUGGAUCUGUACAAUGCCCUAUCCAGCGAGGAGGCGGCGGAGGCGGAAGAAGAAGAGGCAGAGCAUCGCAGGAGCAGCCGGGACCCCCCGACCGCGCAACCCCUGCAGCGCAAAACGCUCCUCAGCCACCCUCCGGGACCCUCCGGCAGCAACGGCGGCGCUCCUGUUCUGGCCAGCUCACAGGACAGCGCCUUCCUCAAUGACGCUGACAUGGUCAUGAGCUUCGUCAACCUGGUUGAAUAUGAUAAGGAAUUCACACCUUAUCAACGACACCACAAGGAGUUCAAGUUUAAUUUGUCUCAGAUUCCAGAGGGAGAGGCUGUUACUGCUGCUGAGUUCCGAAUCUACAAGGACUGUGUCUUUGGAGGCUUUAAAAACCAAACCUUUCUGAUUAGCAUCUAUCAAGUAUUGCAAGAACAUCAGAACAGAGAUUCAGACCUGUUUAUGCUGGACACCAGAGCAGUAUGGGCCUCAGAAGAAGGCUGGCUAGAGUUUGAUAUCACUGCCACCAGUAACAUGUGGGUGAUAAACCCUCAGCAUAAUUUGGGACUCCGGAUGAGCGUGGUGACCAGGAAUGGUCUCAGUAUAAACCCUAGAGAAGCAGGACUAAUAGGCCGAGAUGGCCCUUAUGACAAACAGCCUUUCAUGGUGGCUUUUUUCAAAGUGAGUGAGGCUCAUGUUCGAACAGCUAGGUCAGCCUCUAACAGACGCAGGGAACAGAGUCGAAACCGCUCCACCCAGCCUCAAGAUGUUUCCAGGGUAUCCAGUAUCACAGAUUACAACAGCAGUGACUUAAAAACAGCUUGCAGAAAGCAUGAACUUUAUGUUAGCUUCCAAGACUUGGGAUGGCAGGACUGGAUAAUUGCACCAAAAGGCUAUUCAGCGAACUACUGUGAAGGAGAAUGUUCUUUUCCACUCAAUGCUCAUAUGAACGCCACCAAUCAUGCCAUUGUGCAAACUUUGGUUCACCUAAUGAAUCCAGAGAAUGUUCCUAAGCCAUGUUGUGCCCCUACGAAACUUCAGGCAAUAUCAGUUCUUUACUUCGACGACAAUUCCAACGUCAUUUUGAAAAAAUACAGGAAUAUGGUGGUAAGAGCUUGCGGGUGUCACUGACAACAAGAUCUCUACAGAAGGACGUGGUAUAUGCCGUUCUAAAUGACUUCCGACCAGUGCCUCGAAGGGAAAAUCUAAUGCUUCUAGAACAGCAUUUGUGCCUUAAGGAGGAAUAAAGAAAAGCAAGGAACUCCAAAGCUACUUGUUAACUUUAAAGGGUUUUCACAAUGAUGGCCAUUUCUGAAUACACCAGAACAAACGCUAAAGUAUGGAUCAUGAUAAUGAAGCAAAAGGUACAGAUAAAAGCCAGCCUGCUGUUUGAUCUACACUUCAGUCUUACUGAACAAGAAUUCAUCAAACUCCAGUCGAUGCCAAAAAGAGAAAGAGGAGUUUUUGAUGAUAAAUGAAAUGCACGAUUCAAGGCAAAGCUCCACCCAUACCUAUAACCAAUCCAGUUUACAGGCAUGCAAGCUAUGUGGGAGGAUUUUGAUCAAGGAAGUGUCUUGCGUUGGGUGAAGUACUCGGGUUUCCUCCGAAAAGCUAAAGCAACACAUUUGCUGUGUUUAAAAGGAAGUGUUGUCCCUGGCUCUUCAACAAGGAACGAAACUGGCAAUGUGCCCAUAUGGCCUGACUAUCACAAAAUAUAUUUUUCUGUUCUAGAGGUAACAUUGUGUUCCAGAAGUAAAGUUAGCUGCUUUGAGCACCACUUUUGGUGGAAAGGCAGGUUAUAAAUAAAAUAAAUAAUUGUCCAUCAGGCUAACAGGAAAAUCUUUAUAUACUUGUUUACAUCCCACAGUUCUACCCUGUUGCCAAUUAUGAUUCCCCCGCCCUUUUUUUUUAAGUGUCGCUACCAUCACUGUUAAGUGCACAUGUAUGUGUGCAUGCACAAAUUCUGGUCCUUCAAAUGAACAGAAAAAAAAUGUAUGCUGAACCUUUUGGCUCAACGUUUAAUGGCGUAACACAUCGUAUUUUUUUUAAAAAAAACCAAAACUAUUUGACUUCCUAAAAUAGGGGAGAAAAUGGAUCACUCCAAGUAUUGAAAGCCUGACUGAAGAGGAGCUUAUCCCAUUGAUUUUCUGAACAAUAGAGCAAGGUGAGAAUGGGGAGUCAGUAGAGGGGCAAAGCUGCAGGACAUAAUCUGCAAGAAAUCUGCUUUGCACUUAAUGGUGGGGCUGGGUGACUACUCAAUCCCACUGGCCCAAAUAAAAACACUCACAAAUUCUGAUUGGUUGGAGGUCAUAAAUAAACUCAUAAAACAACUACGAAUACUUAUUUCUGAGAUCUGGCUCUACACCGAAAUGGUUCCCCCAAGACAAGAUUUCAGAAAAGUGUGUUUCCCUUUGACUACUUUGCAUUUUAGAGGCUUUUUGUAAAUAAAUGAAAAUUAUAAUUUAUUGCAACUGUCAAGAUAUAUUAAUUUUUGAUGUACUAUUCAGCAAGACCAAGGUAUUUUUUUUGUAAAAAAAGAUUUUAUUCAGAAAGUUUGUGUAAACAAUUGUACCACUUGAUUUUGUACAAGAAACUCAUGAGUUAAAGCUCAGCCUGCUCAUGAGAUUGUGCUUCAUUAGGUUUUUAAAAAGCCAUCAUGAAUAAAGGCUCCCUUUAAGGCAGAAACAUGUGUGUUGAUCUGAUACAUCUGCCAUAUGUGUUGUCCUUUCGGUAGAUUUCCCAUCUU